GACGGAAUUCCGCUCACUGACUGGCAAAGAUCGAGGAGUGAAAGGUAUACCUAAUGAAGUGUCCCGUGGCAAUGAAGUUGUUCCUGUUGGCCGUCUGCCUCGCCUCGCUGCUCGCGGCAGGUCAGGCUCUGGACUGCCAUCGCUGCGUCCCCAAGAAGGCCGGAGGAGAUUGCGAGCUCAGCGUGGAGACGUGCAGACCCGAGAAAGAUGGCUGCGCCGCCGCCAGCUUCCUCAGCAAGCCAUACGGCCACUACCAGAAAUGCAUGGCUCUGUCAGACUGUCACAUGCUGAAGAUGAACGCUUUCAUCAACAUCACGUGUUGCGACAGCGACAUGUGCAACGCUUGGUGAAGAAGCCGUUUCCAUGGUUACUAAAACCGGUCAAAUAAAUUGAA